AGUGUGCGCGUUACCGAAUUCCUGGUGGGAAUUGGCAGUGGGCUUGUUCAGUAAGAGAUGGUGGGACACGCUUCGCCACUCUACAGGGAAGAGACCGCGCGGUUUUCAAUCUCUCAGAUCCCAAGCGGAGGAAGACAUAUCGUUCGGUAAAGCAUCCUGCACAACGGGCUGUUCUGUCAUUCUUCUGUCACCUUUUCUUGGCAAUGUUUAGCCCAGCGGAGACUUUUGCUUGAGCCCGAUUGAGUCUUUUGACAAGGUGACGAGAGAGAUUGAUGAAGAGACUAUGGAAAGUUUGCUUCUCUUCCUCCUGGUGGCUGAGGGGGCCGGAGCGACAUAUCGACCAGAAGAUCGCCCUUCCUGUGCAGCAAUAGAGUCGGAAGCACGAUGUCAGAAUAAAUCCCUUAACGUAAUCCCUCUGGACCUGCCUCAAGAUAUAUGGAAGUUGGAUUUAUCUGUUAACCGCAUCCAAAUGCUAACCUUGCACAAUUUGACUCAGUACCCCUCCAUCCAGCACCUGGACUUGGAGUCCAACCAACUGGAGUUUAUUGAGCCUGGAUCUUUUGCCUCUCUACUACGCCUCGAGGUGCUUAACCUUGCAAACAACCUCUUGGACCUGAGCAAAGAUGGACUUGGGAGACUGCCGCGUGUUAAAAGGCUGGACUUGUCUGGAAACAGUUUGUAUACUGGUGUUGUCGAGGGUUUCCUAAAGGAGGCACCUUUGCUUGAGCAGGUUUCCUUGGCCAGGAACAGCAUCACCAAACUCUCAGACCAUACGUUCCAAGGGAACCCGUCACUGACACAUAUAAACUUACACCACAACAUCAUCAUCAAGAUAGAAUCAGGGGCGUUUCAGUCACUUUCUAAUCUGUCCGUCCUCGAUCUCGCCAUGAACUCCAUCCCCUGCAUCACCGAGUUCGACCUUAGACACCUUCAGUUCUUGAACUUGAGUAGAAACAGCAUCGAGCUUUUCAUUGUGAAGGAAUCUGAGGAAGUGUAUCAUCUUCAGUGGCUGGACCUCAGCGACAACAACCUGCCCUAUUUUCCCACCUUCCCCAAGAGAAACCGCCUCAGGCACCUCGAUCUGUCACGCAAUUGCAUCCAGGGGUUUUCGCUAGACGCCAUUAGUCUCAGGAUGGACCGUCUAGAAGGGAGGCUGGACCACAAUCCCAAGGCUAACCAAAGCUGGACCACCCCAACGGCUCACCUGUCCGAUCUGGUGUACCUGGACCUGAGCUACAAUGAGAUAACCUCCAUCCCGUGGGAUUUCUUCCGGAGUAUGAAGUCCCUGAGGUUCCUCAACCUGAGCAAGAACUGCCUCCAGAGCUUUGUGGUAGACGAUAUGAAUGUAUUGAAUUCUCUGGUGAACUUGGACCUCAGCUCCAAUGCCCUGCAGAACCUCUCGCUGUCCAGCAGUGGCUUCCACCACCUGAAAUACCUCUACCUUCAGGACAACUACCUUCAAAGUCUGCCUUCCGAUAUCUUUAGCAGCCUCUCCAGCAUCCAGAUCCUUAGCCUUCAAAACAACAAUAUCAGUGUCUGUCGGGGGAUUCCCAGGCGUAAGAGCCCCACCAAUGACUGCAUGUUCUUCUCUGAAAUCACAACGCUUAGGUAUUUAUAUCUACACAACAACAACAUUAAAUAUUUGCCACCUCACGCAUUCCAUCAGACUCCUCUUUCGGAGUUAGAUCUGUCUCUGAAUCCUGGAAUCUAUAUCCACCCUGAGGGAUUCGCUGGUUUAGAAUUUCCCCUGACGUACUUGUCCUUGGGAGGCAAUGAUCUCUCUUCACUCAGCAUGAACCUGUCUCACUUUAACAACCUCAGAACGCUGGACGUGUCCAACAACCGCCUGAGUGAGUUUCUGGUCACCACCAGGAACCUUUCUUUGGAGCACGUGGACUUGCGCAACAACACGCUGGACAGCUUGCAGGAGACGUCCAUGGAGGUGCUGAAUGGGACGUUAAGGACCUUGCAGCUCUCGGGGAACCCGUUCAACUGCUGCCAGGCGACGUGGGUCAGGUGGCUGGCCCAGGUCGACGUGCUGGACAAGUGGUCAGUCUUGUGUUAUUACCCCACCGUCAACGGGCACUCGCAGGCGAAUCUGUUCACCGCUCAGCCCGGUCUCUGCCAGGAGCUGCCACUGGACUGGACGAACUGGGGCAUCCUAAUGCUCAUCUUAGUGACUGUGCUCUUGGGAUUUGCCACACUUCUUGGCUGUUGCCUGGCACACAGGCAACGAGUCAACAAAAUGUUUGUACACCAUGUAAAAGCUUAGCCAACUGACUUAAUUCUUUGUUGAUAUGUAAAUGAAAUGGAAUGAGGUGAAUAAAUCUAUAUAUAGUUCUGUAUAAUCUCCUUUUCCCCCUU